AUGGUGCUGCAAGCCUUUCUUCGCCAGAGCACCUUGAAGCAUGGUAGAGCACGACGACUUGCCGCCGUUCAGGGACUCUUCGAAGGGAACAAGGACAAUUCCCUGGGACUGGAUCCUGCUCGCUAUGACCCGAAGUUCCCCAGAGCCUAUGACCACGGCCUGCCGAAGAAGCACAUCCCCUUCACCUCUGGGUCCACCCGCUUUGACCACAGGGGCAAGAAGGACUACCGGCCUGGUCCCGGUGACUACAACGCCGCGAAGCAGACGCUUGCGGGUGCGUUGACAGUGUCUGCCGCGAAGACCAUGGGGGUUGCGCCAGCAGAGCAGCGCUUGCUCUUCAAGUCUACGAGUGCGCCCUCCAUCCCGCGAGACCAUCAGUGCUUUGGCUACGACGAGGCUGGUGAUGGCCGGCUGAUCCGACAGGGCCGGAAAGACGGCAUCCAAGAGCUCACCGGCAAGCCGGGUGAUAGCGCCGGGCCUGGACACUACGAUGUGACCCAGGCCAAAGGCAUUGCCAACGGGGCCAAAGGUGGCAGAAUUAUGCCGCCUUCAUUCGACCCCGCCGCGAAACCCUCCGAAACGCCAGGCCCAGGUCAUUACAUCGCAAAGGCCUUCGGCAAGGAGACUGAGAAGCCCAUCUACUCGUCUUUCGCCUCGCAGUCAGAACGAGAUCCGAAGUCGGAGAAGAAGGGUGUCGAGAUGCCUGGGCCCGGGCAGUACUACUCCAGCAGGCCGUUCAAGCGUGCGACGCUGCGGGAAAUGCAUCCGGAGCUGCAGUACUUCGGAAGCACGGCGGAACGCUUUCCCGAGGGCGAGGCUGUGGUGGUCGCGAGCCAAACUCCGGGCCCGGGCCAGUACGGUGACGUGGACUACCGGAAGAAGGCUUCGAAGAGUUUCGCCUGGCAGAAUGGAAAGCGCUUCCAGGACCCGGGGCAGAUGGCCAAGAAGGUCCAAGGCCCUGGACCGGGGUCCUAUGAUCCCACGAGCAGCGAUGGCAAGACCAGUGGGAGAACCGGUACCGUCUCCAUCCUCGGCAGCACCGGCAGUCUGGCCUUCGGUAGCAUGGAGGCACGGCGAGGCAUAGCAGACCCGAAGAAGGGGCAGGAGCCGGGACCCGGUGCCUACUACGAGGGCGUCCUUGGGGAGGCCUCCCAGGGCAGCGACCCGGGGUCCGAGCCGAGGAGAGUCCGCAAAGUCUUCCCUCCGAGCUCCUGCUUCAGAUCUACAGUGCCCAAGGACAUCAUGGUGGCGCAGUACCAGAAGGACGGCCAGGUCGGUCCUCCGCCGGGUGCGUACAGCCCGAAGAGUCUCAAAGCCAUCGGUGCCGUGCAGCACGUUGCAUCCAAGGGCGAGGGCUUUGGCUCUGUCACUAUCUCAGCAUCCGAGGGCUAA